UUUUAAAGUAAAAGACGUGUUGUUACUUUUGUAAAAAUCACUUUCUUUCUGAUGUACUAUUUGCUACCAAAGAAGAAACAAAAAUAUAAAUGUUUUAGGAUUACCAAACAUAAAGAAUAAAUAACUAACAGAUAAAAAAAAUUAAAUAGUGGACAAUUAAAAUUAGACAACGGAUUAUAUAAUGAAUUCAUCAAUCUUUAUUCAACAGUCCACGAAUUUUCAGUUUCUAUCUGUUUGUCACUAUGUUACAAUUUUUGGUGUUUAUUUUUACAAUAAGGAUUUAAUUACACUUGAGGAGCAAAAACAAUCUGUUACUGUUUUAAAUACUUUGUUUGAGUAUCUCAAUAAAUCUCCAGAUGAAUCUGAGGCAAAACUUCGGAUGCUGAAGAUAGUACUAAAGGGAAGUGAUCUCUACGGUGGUGAAGAAAAUGAAAUAAUUGACAUGAAAUACGUUAAUGAAACAUAUCAGUAUAUCAUUAGCGAGGCUCUAUUUUCACACUAUGGAAACAUUAAUGGAUAUUUGGCUAAAAUCAUCAACAUGGCUGAUGAUAUAAAUUACUCGGUACUUAAGGAAAAGGUGUUUCAACAUCUUUCGGAAAAUUACACAAGUAGGGAAUAUUGUUUCAAUGAUAUUCCAUUGGGGAAUUACGAUUCCAAUAAUAAUUCCAAUUACAAAUCAAAAAAUAUUCCUUCAGAAUAUAAUAGUUACAAACUUAACGGAUUGACAAUUCAAAAAGUUUUUGAUAAUCACAUUUGGCCAAUUUUCCCCCAACCCGAAAAAGACAUGAGCAUAAUUGACGUGGAUUAUAUAUACGCAAUGGUUGGUUUAAAAAUCAUCAGAUCUGUAUCAUCUGAUGCUCCGAAUCUUACUUUCGAAGAAUAUAUUAUAAUCUCCCGUGAGAUUUAUUUGCAGAACUUCAGCAACGAAACCUAUGAAAUGGUAAUAAAUUUAUUUUCAACACCAGCUUUAUUUUUCUACGCCUACAAUCAAAAGGCAAAAUUUCAAGAAAUUGAUUUUACCCUAAAUGAUGAAUUUUGGAUCAAAGCUUAUGAAAAUUUAUUUACUCACAUGAAUUUAAUUAUGAACAAAGUUGUACAGGAAAAAAUUAAAAAUAGUCUAAAUUAUAAAUUUAACAAGAAAAUUAAUACUCUAAAAAGUCGUACGAACAUUGCUCUAGAAAUAUUAAAACAAUAUUGUGAUUAUGAGCAUAUAGUAAAAGUACCUUCUCCCAAUGUGGAGUUUUAUAAAACGUUCUAUCUUUGGUUAACAAAACUAAUUCUUCCAAAAGAAUGUGAAAUUUCGAAUCUUCCUAAUUUGGAAGUAGAAUAUGAGGCUCAAUUCACUGAAAUAGAAAAGAUCUACAAUACAAUUGUAAGAGAUGCAAUUGAAAAAGUAUUAACUGAUAGUAAAUUAGUAAAAAUGCAUUCAAAUGCUACUAUUAUAUCUGCACAAGUUUCUAAUUAUGCGAAUGAGUAUAUAAUUAUUCCACGAAAGCAAAAUGAGGAUAUAUUCCUUCUGUUUGCAUUAGAAAAUCAAAAUAUGAAUCAUGAUUUUUAUGCAUUUAGACAAGUGAAUAAUGUUUUAUCCAUAUUGUCAAGUAGAGAAAACAAACAAGAGUUUGCUAAAGCAGUUGCUAAUGAUUCGUCAGUAAAAAUGGAAAUUCCCAGAUUUUACCAGAUUUUUAAAUACAGUAAUGAAAAUAACUGGGAAUUUAUCAAAAGAGUUGCCGAUAUAAAGGCAAAAGAAUUUGUAAAUAAUCUGAUGAUGCACAAUUAUGAUGAAACAUUUGGAGAGAAAGUUUUAAAUUUUGCAUCAUCUCUUAUACCAUUUUACAGUUGUAUUGAAAAUGCCAAUGAAGGUAAAGUUGCAGAUGCCACAUUAAGUUGUGCCCUAGAUAUUGUUAGUCUUAUUCCACUAGCAGGUUUUGCAGCAAAAUAUUCUGCUAAACUAGGCAGUAGUUUGACAAUUGAAAUCAGCAAAAAUCACCUAAUUACUAAAACACUAAGAACAGGAGUUCUUACAAAAGUGCCAAUAACUUCAGUGGUAAAUCACAUUUCCCAAAUAGUUGUCCGAACCAUAGCUAGAGAAAUUCUAACAAAAAAAAUUUUAAAAGAUUUAUCUGUAGCCACCCUUCGAACAGUGGAUCCUGGAUUUGAAUUUUCCUACCAAGUAAGCCGAUUUGGUUUUCGAAUAUUCCGACAGUUAUUUCGAAAAAUUAUUUCCAAUUUUCCCCGAAUUCCUCAAGCUAAAAAAAGUCUGUCAUUAUUGAAGUCUUUACUUAAUUCUUUAAAACCAUAUAAGAAUUUAAUAUCCGAUCAUACAGGCUUAGUACCAUUGAUUCUAGCUAAACAUAAUGAUUACAACAUUGUUCGAUACUUUUAUCCAAGUGGAUCCCAAUUAUUUGGACCAAAAUGUAUAACGUCAUUUGGAAAAACUGCGGAAUUAAGAAGCAUCGAAGGGUAUUCAUUUCCAAUUCCAGUUGUACGUGAAAAAUCCCCCGAUGGAAUUUACUACAAACAAUAUAUUCCACAAGCUGAUAAAUUUUUAGAUUUUAAAUUUAAAAAGAAUUCUAACGAUAUUCUUACUCGUGUUGGAUAUUUAUUAGACAAAAUGGUUUCCGAAGGACGUGACAUUAAUAUAAUUCGUAACUAUCACGUUUAUCAUAAUACAAUAAACCCCAGCAAAAUACCAGUUAAGGACGAAUCGGCAGAUUUGAAUCAAGGAGAACCACAAUCCGCAAAUGCCAGAGAAAGCAUAGUGGAACAGAAUUUAGACCAAAUCACAAAUCGUGAAUUACAAGACUCUUUCGAUCGAAAUACAGUUUUUUCUCAAAAUCCAAAUUCUGAAAUUCAAGUCACCUUGAGGGGAAAUUUAUUAGGUGACAAUAUUCCUCUAGUUACAAAUGUCGAAUUCGUAGGAACAUUGAGAGGUAACAUAGGGGGUCUUAAUUUUCCUCUAGUUCCUAAAUUUGAACAACCGGGAACAUCAAAAGAAAUUCUAAAAACAGAUAACGAUGCUCAAAAUUCAUUUUCUUCUAUUGCUUUAAAAGAUGAUUUGAAACCAAAAAAAAAAAUACAAUUGGUAUCAAAUACCAAUGACAGAGCAAAUGAAAAUCAGUUAAUAAAUUCACAAAUUCCACUAACUGUAAUAGAGGGUGAUUUUAUUAAAACCAAAACUGAUAGAAAAUUACUUUCAAAAAUUCCACAAAAAAUUCGUAAACUAAUAGUAAUGGAUUAUUUAGAAAAUCAGCGUACUCAAGAACUUGAUAAUAUUCCCAGUACAUCAGGCCAAUUUAAAAAGAAUUAUCCACUUUCAAAAAUACAUGAAACAAUACUUAAUCUUAAACCUCCUCGUACAGCAGAACAAUAUGAAAUGUACAGAGAUCAUUUAUCAAAAUUUUUGAAACCAAAAACAUAUUCAAGAUAUGCAAAUAUUCUAAUUAUGUGGAAAAAUUAUGGUUUAUCAUAUAUAAAACAUGAUAGAGAUGAUUUAUUUUUAUUACGUAACACAUUAAAUAGAUUAGCACUUAUUGAAUUAGAUGAAAAAUUACCGCUAUCUCAUCCCAAUGAAUUGUGGUACAAUCAAAUUGUAACUGGACAAAAUAAUAUUGACUUUUUAGAAAAUUUAGGGGGAAAAUAUUUUUUUUUCAAUGAUCUAACAAUAUUGAAAACAAGUCCACCAAGCGUAUCAAUAAUAAAUAAAAAAUUCCGUUUCAGUAAUGUAAAUCGAAAUGAUAAAACAAUAGAGGUACGAUAUAGUUUGAAAAUUAAUUCACCAUAUGGAAUUGUAGAUAUUGGUAAUAUUCAUUAUCGAUUAAGAAAUAGUUUCGUUACAUUUAGUGAUGUUUUAUUUAAAGUAACGAAUACAUUUUUUUCUGGUAAUAAACAAUUUUUAUAUAUUGAAUUAAGAUAUGAUGGUAUGACAGAGGAUUGUUGGCGAUAUUUACGAGAGCGUGAUAUUCAAAAUUUGUAUAAAGAGGGAUGGAAUUUAGAACAUCCAAGAAUGAAAAGUAUUGUAAAUGCUGCAAAUCGUAUAACAGAAAAUGCACCACUUUGUACAUUUGAAAUAUCGAGAAAUUUUCUUUCAAAUUACAUAUUAAGUACAGAAUCAACAAAUCAUGUUCCAAGUUAUGAUGAUUUUGCUAAGGAUAUUAUAAAUAUUGAAUUUACUAAUUCUUAUGAUGAAUGGAAAAUACCAAGCCAUCAUUAUAUUCAAGAUGUAUUAGUAAAGCAUAAUUUGGAUGAAUUUAUUUUAUUUCCUAUUGCUGAAAAAAGAAUUCAGGAGAUAUAUGAUUUUGUCUAUUUUCAAAAUAUUAAAGAGGUUUUUCAAAAUUAUAGAAUGUUAUUUAAUAUCGAACAACAUAUUCGAUUUGAAGAUUUUUAUGUACUAUAUUCUUAUAUAAAGAAUAAUUUACCAAUGAAUAUAAAUGAUGUAAGACGAUUUGAAGCUACCAUAAAUCGACUUGCUCUUCGUCAAUCAACAGAUAAUAUUAAAAAAUUUAGAAUUUAUCGCGCUGAAAUAAUAACAAAAGAAAUUUCAAUAAAAUUAAUGGAAAUAUAUCGUAAGAAUGAAAUUUUGAUAUUUGAUGAGAUUAAACAAUGUUUUCCAUUUCGUAGUGUUGAGGAAAUUAAUUUUAUGAAACAUAAUUUUAAGCCGACAGAAAUUUCUUUAUUAUUGGAUAUUACAUUAAAUAAUCAUAUUGGACUGGCACAGGUUAAUGGUAUUUUUAAUAAUGAUAAAAUGCCUUAUGUACUUACUGCAAAUUUUGAAUUGAUAAUUGAUAGUAUAGAAUUUGAAAGAAUUUACGAUCAGCAAGUGAUGGUUAUAAAAGUGCACGAUUAUGAGAGUCCAAAGGAAAAGAGAAUUGUUCGAAUGGCAAAUAGGCUUCAUGAAUUAUUUUCCACUGAAACUAAAUUUUACUCCGACAUAAUGAGAAAUUAAUCUAUAUUUGUAAUUUUAUUGUAAAUUUAUUUGUUUUGAUAAUUAAAGUAAUUUAUAUAAUUAAAUGGAAAAAUUGAUUAUGGAUUUUUAUUAAUUAAAUGCGGCAUUUAUUAUUCAAGAUUAAUUAUAUAAUUAAUAUAAUUUAUAUAUAAUGUUAUAGCAAAUUAUAUAUAUACAGUAAGAAAAGCUCCAUGGUA